AUGGUAGAAAUAGGUAAGGAGAAUUGUUAUACUCCUAGAACAAUAAAUAAAAGAAAAUCUUAUUCAAUAUUGAGUCCUGUGAAUCAGAAAACAAUCGAUAUCACAACAAACAAGAAUGAAAGAAUCAUUAGUGAAUCAACGGGGCUAGUGAAGUUUUCUCUUUCUCCUAAUAAGAAAGAAGAUGAAAGGAAAGAUCAUAAUACCACACCAACCAAGCUAAAAGGUAAAACAGGAUUACCUGUGUAUGUGCCAAUAAACGAAUCAGUCAUUGAACAAGAUGAAUCGUCGCAAGAAGAAUUAAUGAUCCAAUUUGCUUCCAAGCAGAGAAAGCUAAUUGAGUUGGAAAGACAAGUUGAGGCUACAAAAUUUGAAUUGGCUGAAAUAGCAUCUAAACUUGAGAAAGAUAUUGAACAGCCAAAAAAAGAUACAAAUAUGAGUAACUUCAACAAUUUUAACAACUUGAAUAAUUUGAAGAAAAAGGCGUCCAACAUUUUCCAGAUUAACCAAGGGAUAUCAAAUAGUAAGAUAGAUCGUACAGUAAAUAACUCCAAAUCCCCAAACGCACUUCCACCUAUUAACUCGGUCAAAUCCAUAAAUAAUUUCAGUAAUUACUUAACCAGGGUGCAAGGCCAAAUAAGUCAUACUCAAUUAAAUGCACCGGUGCUAAAAAACUUCGUUAAAGAUGUAAGGAAUAAAAUUGAAAUUAACGACAAUGAGAAGCUCAAAACAUUUUUGGCUACGCAACAAAAUGAGUUUGAUGAGUUUACUACUAAAACUUCUAAGUUUGUAAACGGGUUAUUUAACAAUAUAUCUUCCAAAGCGGAUGCAGAAAAAGAAGAUAUGGCAAACAGUUCGUUUAAUUUCGAGGCAAUGGAAGAUUUUAAUAAUAAAAGUAUCUUAGAUGCUAAUGUUUCACUAAGUGAAGAAGAAAAUAUUACGUUCGAAGAUGACAUAGUAGAUAUAGACGAUUACAAUAGCAGCUUCGAAGAAGAAGCAACAAAUAAAUAG